CAAUCUCCCUACUCAUCUCUGGAUAAAGGUUAAUACUGGUUCUCAUAAAAAUAGAUUGAACUUUGAUCACCAUGUAAAUAAGGUUCGAAUUUGUCCAACUAUUGCUAGUGAUUAAAAUCAAAGGUUAUUUGGAUAUUAAAGCGCAUACAAAAGUAAAGAAGAGUAUAAAUGUACAAUAAUUAAUUUGUUAAUAAUGAAUUCAACAGUUUUGAAGAUUAGAAUGAUUGGUGUGGUUACAAAACAAUUAAAACAAACUUGUGUAACUACCUAUUCCACAGCUGCAAUGGAAUGCCCCAAAUAUGAGUCUUUGUGUAUUUCAAAUCCUAAACCUUUUGUUUAUCAAGUACAAUUAAAUAGACCUAAAAAAUUAAAUGCGAUUAACUAUACUAUGUGGAUAGAGUUUGGCAAGUGUUUAAACGAUCUUGCUGUUAAUCCAGAAUGUCGAACUAUUAUACUAUCUGGUAAAGGAAAUAUCUUCUGUAGUGGCAUUGAUCUAUCUGAACUAAUGUCAAUUGGACAAAAACUUGCUAUGCAUGAGGAUGUAGCUAGGAAAUGUAAAGCAUUAGAAGGAACUAUAAAGCUCUUCCAGGAUUCCAUAACAUCCAUUGAAAAGUGCCCAAAACCAGUAAUUGCAGCUGUUCAUGGUGCUUGUAUUGGAGCAGGUGUAGAUAUGAUUUCAGCAGCAGACAUAAGAUAUUGUUCUUCAGAUGCUUAUUUUCAAAUAAAGGAAGUGGACAUAGGGUUGGCAGCUGAUAUGGGAACUCUCCAAAGAUUUCCAAAAAUAGUGGGCUCUGAUAGCCUGGCACGCGAGCUAGCUUAUACUUCUAGGAAGUUCCUGGCUACUGAGGCACUACAAUGUGGCUUUGUGAGCCGCGUUUUUGAGAAUGAAAAAAUCUUGUUGGAAACGUCCAUAAAGAUUGCUGAAGACAUUGCCAGUAAAAGCCCUGUAGCAGUUCAGAGUACAAAAUUGAGUUUGAUUUAUUCAAGAGAUCAUUCAGUACAGGAGGGUCUAGACCAUAUAGCCAUGCGUAAUCAAACUAUGCUCCAGAGCGAAGAUUUAGUGAAUGCAGCAAUGGCACAGGUAACCAAAGGAGAUCGUCCAAUAUUUUCAAAAUUGUAAGAAAUAAUUAGGUUAAUAUUAACACCUUCAUGGUUAUGUUAAUAUAACGUUAUAGGAUAACCUACCGUUCUUGACCACAUCAAAUAUUGUAUACUUUUUAUAUCAAAUUAUGUAUAUAUACUGAAUAAAAUGCCUUCCGUGAA